AUGUCGACACUCACGACCAAAGGCCUUCAGAAACUGCUUGGAUCGAAUGGAGUCAGUGAUCCAAUCCCAGUCUUUCCACUGGCAGACAUCAACUCUAGCCCGAUAGGCAUCUAUGUGGCGUACCUAGCACAGGCAAUUGUUCGAGCUACCUCAUGCGAACCACAUGUUGCCUUUGAUGCGAUCCAAUGGCCAAAUGAGCCGGGUAUGGGCGAUCUCGUGAUCAUUCUACCACGGCUGCGGCUGCAAAACGCGGACCCAGAUGCCAUAGCGCAGCAGGUGGGUGAUCAGAUUGAACAUCUGUCUCCUCUCUUCGGGUUCCCGCUUGCCGACGGGAUUCAUCAGCGAAUCUUCCUUCGCGGGGAGACCCUGGCUCGGUUGCUUCUGCCCUACAUCCUGGAUCGCGGCGCCCGCUACGGUGCUCCAGCCUCACAGAGCUCUACAGAGCUUGAUGUGCCGGUAGGAAUGCAAAAAAAGGUCGUCAUCGAGUUCUCUUCGCCCAAUUUGGGCAAAGAAUUCGACGGCAAGUACCUUCGUAGCACCAUCUACGGAGCCUACAUCGCAGCCAUGUACGAGUUCAUGGGAUGGAAAGUGUACCGCAUGAACUUUCUUGGCGACUGGGGCAAGAACGUUGGUACACUGGCCUCCGGGUGGGCACGCUUCGGCUCGGAAGAGCUUUUUGCGACUGAUCCACUGGGCCAUAUGCUCACUUGCUUCACUCAGGCGGAAUCUCUUCACAAACAAGAGCAAGCCGAAGCAGAAAAGCCAAAGGAUGAAGUCUCUCUGCAACAAGCACCGGAGAACACGAGUGGGUCGGAAGCCAGCCGCGAAUCGAUGGAUGCUGCUAGUGAUGUUCGAUCUGUCACAGAGGCUACCGAUCAGCUGCAUGUGGGCGUGCCAGAGACAGCAAAAUGUCCGCCCAGUGAUAUCAUGAAGACGACGCAGACGCUGGAGGAGGAACGGGAUGCUUUCUUCAAGAAGAUGGAAGAUGGCGAUGUGGAAGCCAUUGCCCUCUGGGAACACUUCCGUUCGGCGUGUAUCAUGAAAUAUACGGAGCUAUAUGCCCGCAUGAACAUCAGCUUUGACGAGCAUUCCGGAGAAUCUGGCGUCAGCUCGGAAACCAUUGCCGAGGUCGAAACGAUCCUCAAGAACAAAGGUGCUUACACCGAGAGUGCUGACGCCUGGAUCAUCGACUUCAAAGGAUUAGGGUUUAAGCGACUUGGAACCGGCAUUGCACGCUUCCGCAACGGCACGACGUCUUAUCUCCUCCGCGACAUUGCUACAGCCGUGGAGCGGAGCCGCAGGCACUCGUUCGACGAUAUGAUAUAUGUGGUAUUCUCCGGACAGGAAACCCACUUUAUGCAGGUCUUCAAAGCUUUGGAGCUGAUGGAUAUGACGGACCUUGCUGCGAAGCUUCACCACAUCAGCUUUGGCAAAUCGCAGGGGCUGUCGCCGCGGGAAGGAAGCGCAGGACUGCUGCUCGGAGAUAUCCUGGAUGAGUGCCGUGACGUCGUUCAGAAGUUCAUUUCCGUCGAUCCUGAAAGCACGGUUGACCUCGGAGGCCUGGACGCGGAUCGAUUGGGCGUAACAGCCCUGGUGUGCCAGGAGCUUGCGUCAGGCAAAAGAGCUAGCACUUCCACCUUUGACGCUGCUAGUCUGGCAUCUACGGAAGGCUGGACAGGCCUCAGUCUACUCAUGUGGCUGAGAAGGCUCACGGCCAGGACACAAGACGCAGUAAUCGACCUCGAAGCACUUGCCAGUCCCAAUACCGACUUCGGUAUGCUGGCAGCCGAGCCUUACGAUGGGCUGCUGCGGCUUCUAUUGGAUUUCCCCAGUAUACUCAAGACGUCAUGGAAGCACAUGGAACCAUCGGGUCUCAUUCACUACCUCUAUCGAUUGAUCGACAUGCUGCCAGAGGUAUGGGAGCAUGACACAGGCUCAGAGGGUUCUGAGCAGAGUCUAGCAAGGCUGGCCUUUCUUGAAAGUGUGAGAUUGGUCCUGGCCAACGGAGCUUCAGUAUUGGGCCUUCGCGAGCAGCUUUAG